AUGGCGGCCUCUCCUUCCAUGGGCCACCUGGAGUCCUUGCAGACUUUAGCUAAGUCGGUGAACAUCACAGUGUUGGAAGGACGCGAUCUGAAAGGCGUCAAAGGGGACACCCCGGUGACCUUCGUGCGGGUGGAGUACAACUCCCUCAUCCUCGGGGACUCUCCGAAAGUGGACGUCUCUUCGGACGGGAGCGUGACCUACAAUUUCUCCACCUCCUUCGACAUCCACCCUGAAGGGCCGCACGUGCUGGACGAUCUCGCCCACAAGCCCUUGCUACUCACUGUGAUCGAAGUCUUGCCGAAGGAGAAGAAGCAGAAGGAAGAGAAGACGGUGACCCUCGGCCAAGCCGUGUUGGACCUGCUUCCUUUACUGCAAGGAUCACAUGAUUUUAAAACAAUGCUUCCACUCUACCCUAUGCCUGGCUCUCCCCUGGAGUUCCUCCGACCAGAUGCCAAGUGUGUCAUCAGCGUGUUGGUGACCGUCCAGGAGAGUCUUCUCUCUCCGUACCAGCUGUUGGAAGGCAACCUUCUACGGGUCACGGUAGAAGGCGCUUACGCAGUCCCGGAAGUGUUUGUUCCCACUGGACCCCUGCAAAACUACAUGGCCGGCUUCCAAGUGCCGGCAGUGGGAGAGAAAGAAUGCGCCUUCGUCUUCAAGAACGGGACCCUGAAGAUUGGUGGUGAGCGAGAGCCCGUCCCCCGACCCAAGAAGUGGCCAGUCAGCAACAUCUUAGCGAUGGGGGCUCAAAACAUUCCCGACUGUUUCAUUGCCGGCUGCGAUUACGAGGAGGAAGAUGGGGAUCUGACCGCGCUGGAGGAUAGAGAGCUCAGGAUUCUGGGAGAAACUGUCAAGAAAAGGAUCAUGUGGGACUUGGAGAGGCGCUGUUACCUAGAUCCCCCAGCUGUGACCUGCUUUCGGAAACGGAUUGCAGAUUGCCGAUACUGGCCCGUGGAGAUAGCAAGAAUGCCCGCGGUCACGUCCACCAAAGGGAAAGCUGGCAAAGCGGAGAAGGUAAGAUAGGAAGAGUCAAUUUCUUUCCACGGGGUGGCUUACGUCAACAUGCUGCCCUUGCUGUACCCGGGGGUGACGAGCAUCCGGGGCGCGUUCCGGGUCGUGCCCUACUAUGAAAGCGAUGUGUAUGAUAGGACGAAGUGCUCUGCCAGCCUCUUCCGCGAAGGCCACCACUUGGCUGGCAACAGGUUUGGGGCAGCGGGACCGCAUGCCAAAGUUGUGGGGAAGAAUAUGAAGGACGAGAAACCGGGUCGGGAGAACGUUGUGAGAAAGCUGUCCACUAUUGUGAAAGUGCAAGGGUCCGAGAUCGCCGUCGAAGCCGCCAUGUCGUUGUGUCAGAACGUGGAAGGGCAGCAAUAUGCGGAUGCCGGGACAUUCCUGGUGCUGGAAUUUGCGCUGCACAAAGCCUUGGUGCCCAAGCGUUUGCCGGAGGAACUUGCUAAUCGGGUGCAGGAAAUGAUCCCCCCGCGCCCUCAGCUGCCUCGAAAGACUACAGGAGCGAAGAAGGCCGUGGAAGAUUACCACUCUCAGGUUAUCAGCAUCGCCGAGACCAUCCUGGAGGAGUACCACGAGCUCUUUGGGAGGCAGCAGGCUGAAAGCGUCACGGUCGACACCGAGAACCUGGAGGACCAAAAAUGCCAGCUCAACUACGAGCUCAACAGCUCGGGGAAAUAUUUCGCUUUCAAGGAGCAACUUAAGCACGCCGUGGUGAAGAUCGUGAGAGAGAAGUACUUGAAGACGACGGCCUUCGAGAACCUGGACCAGCUGCAGGCCUUCCUGAGCGAGCUGUACGUGUACCUGGUGGAUCAGAUGCACGUGGCCUUGAAUCAGGUCCUGACCCAGCAACGCCCCAGCCCGCCUCCUCCCACCUACAACACCUCUGAGCACCUCCGGCUGUUCGCUCGCGAAGCCCAGACCAAUGGGGACUACACCUUGGCCUUGACUUACUACCAGGAGAGACUGGCCCGUAACCGGCAGGAUAACCAGAGCUGGCUCGACUACGGAGCCUUCUGCCUGCUGAUGGAGGACAACCUCAAAGCUCAGGAGUGCUUCCGGGAGGCCGUGGCCCUGGAUCACAACCACCUGCCCAGUUUGCUGAUGUGCGGUAUCAUGGCGGUGAUGCUGGAAAAUUAUGAAGACGCGGAAGUCUUCUUUGAGGACGCCACCUGUCUGGACCCCAACAGCGUCCUGGCUUGGACGAUUUUAGGCCUGUUCUACGAUAUCCAGGAGAACGACAUCCGCGUGGAGAUGGCGUUCCGGAAAGCGACCAAACUCCUGAAGGCCCGGCUGGCCAAGGAGAAAUCGUUGACAGAGGGCAUUGAGGCCGGAGGCCGGCAGCUGCCCUCCACCUCCCCCUUCCCGCAAACGCAGUCCGUUGCCUUUUCCAAGGAAGAGCUGAUUUCCGAAGAUGCUCCGGAAGUCCCCUCGAGAUUCCGCUCGGACUCGGCAGAGCCGACCGUCACCAUCCGUCGGCCGGAAGAGGAAGGGGCCAUAGCCAAGGUCUCCAAGAGGCUUUCCGUGGCUCCCAGCAAACUCAGGGUGCCUUCUUUGAGAGAACCUGUCAAGAUGCCGGUGGUUGUCCCGGAUACGGAGAGUGGCCUGCCCUAUCCGGCCCCGGCCCCCGUCUCCAUCUUCAGGGAGACGAUCCGCUUCUUGAUGGAUGUCAAUGCCCUCCAGUUUGUCCACAGGGCGCUGGCGCAUGAGCUGGUCAGCCCACAAGGCGGCCCCAGCUGUGAGUAUUACCUGGCUCUGGCCCAGACCUACCUGCUGAAGAAGGACUACGACAAGGCCGAGGAAUGCCUCGAACAGGCGGUCCGGAUCAACUACUUGAAUCCAGAUGUUUGGGCCCAGAAAGGGCACCUCUGCUACCUGACCAAGAAGUUCGGCGAAGCCAAGGAAUGCUACGAGCGGACCGUCAGUUUCGUCGACGAUGCGUCCGACAUGCAUUUCGUGUACCUGCGGCUGGGAUCCAUCUAUCUGGAAAAUAAGGAGUGCGACAAGGCAAAGUAUAUCUUCCUGCUGGCAAGUAAGAAAUCCCCGUCCUGCCUGACCUGGCUUGGAGUGGGAAUCGCCUGCUACAGGCUCAAAGAGAUGGUGGAGGCCGAGGACGCCCUCUCUGAGGCCAACGCUUUGAACAACAACAACGCUGAAGUCUGGGCCUACCUGGCUCUCGUCUGCAUGGCGGGCGGAAGGCAGCUGGAGGCAGAGCAGUCCUACAAAUACGCCAUUAAGCUGAGCCUGGCCAACGAGGACCUUCUCCGGGAGCUCAAAGAGGUGCAGUUACAAGUGGGUUUCGGCGAUCCAUCUUUCUGA